UUAGUUUUGAUCAAGGAAAGAUUGAAUUUUUUUUUUCUUUGGUCUGAAUGUAAAAGGUUGUCUGAACAUUCAAGAAAAUGGUGAUUUUUAAUGUAGGGUUGGUAAAUUUAAGCCGGGUUCACUUAUUUUGCCUGAUUGUGAUGUUUGAAUUUCUGGGUUUUCCGUAAUACUUGUGAUUAGGUCGUGAUUAGGGAAUUUUUGUAAUAAAAAAAUGAUCUUUACUGUUUACCUUUGCUAGAUCUUUGACCCCUUUAUUAUCAAAUUCUUUGCAGGAUUAUUAGUUUUUUUUUUGUUUCUUGUUUCUUGAUUAGCAGCAUUGAGAUCUUAAUAAUUUGAAAUCGUUAUGGAUUCUUCGAACAAAAUAUCGUCUGGAGCUUCAUCGAGCCACCAUGUCGCACAAAGGACCGAAAGUUCGCUUGUAAUGAUUUCACAUUCGGAGAAUAAGAAAAGGGGGAGGCCAAGAAAAUAUAAACCCGAAGCAUCUUCGAGCAUGGCUUUUUCUCCAAUGCCGCCGCCGCCGCUAUCUUCGUCGGCCCCACCUGCAACCGCCAAGUCCUACGUGGAGGGAAAAAAACCGAAUCUUGCGCGCCAAAUCAAUUCAGACAGAAAACAAAGAAAUAGAAUCGGAGCAGAAAAACUAGAUGAUUGGGUGGAUUGCUUCACCGGGUCAAGUUUCUUGCCCCACGAGAUAACAGUGAAUACAGGCGAGGUAAAUUUAUUAACAUUGGAAUGGCAUUUUCGUAGUUAAUACCUUUUUUCGUCUAAUUCUUUUAUACGACAUCUGUGAAUGUAUCCACAAAGCUGAAAAAUAUGCAGAUUUAGCUCG